AAGGAGGGGGGACUGUGCGAUGCAUUGUGCCUUUAAAGCAACCAAGCCCCUCCUCCAGCAGAGCCGAGCAGAACAGCCGAGUGGUGCUGGCAGGAAGCCUGAGCCCCACGAUAAACUCUGGCAUCAGCUUCCCUUCAUCCGACAGUCAGCGAGGACACAGUGAGGGCGCAGGGGCAGAGAGACGGGGACGGAGAAAGGGAAAGAGCAAGAGUGACAGAAAGGGGGGGAGAGAGAAAGAAAGAGAGAGAGAGAGUGAGAAAAACAGGCAGAUAGGCAGAGAGGGAGAGGCUGUCAUAGGAAUCACACAGCUCCCUUUUUCACAGCAGCAGCAGCUCAGCCGUUCUGUCUGCUGCCUCCCGGUGCAGGCGAACGCUGACGGGGGAUGACGGGUGGCGUGCUUUUCGGCAGCACGUUUAUCUGAGUGAUGGUAUAGCGGCGGCCACGGCGGCAGCAUCACAAACCGAAGCAGGAGCUCUCCUCCUCGGCCACUCUGGCUCUUUAGUCAUUUCCAGCCUCCUCUCUCCCUUCUCAGGGUGCUAUCAGGGGCCAUUCAUCGUUCCCAUCUCAUGCCUCCUGCCUCCUCCUCCUCCUCCUCCUCCACAGCUCCAUCCUCCACUUCUACUCCUCCUCUGAUGAGCCACAGCCUCAGAGUGAAAUAACCCUGCUGAUAGAAGCUUCUCUCUCUGUCAAGACAGUGCCAUGUGUGAUUGGCCAGCGCGCCCCGUGGCAGUGGCAUCGCCCAGGAUUUGGCGAGAAGCUCUCCCCCCUGCUUGUUCUCUGGGGCUCCUCUGGGAAGCGUUCAUGGGAUUUAUCUCUUCCUGCUGGAUGGCACUGAGGUCUCUGCCUCUCUGAAAAGAGUCCACAGAGAAAACAUACACUACACGGAUAAGAAGUAAAAUAAUUAUCCAAUCACAGCACAAGGAGGCAGACCGGGUUCCCUUAGCAACAACUGAAGGAGAGAAGAGAAUCCUCUUCUGUUUCUGCUCCCUUGGUUUUUGGGCACACCCCUGUGGACUGCUGUGGGUCAGUGUUUUCUGAGAGGACUUGGGAGAGAGCGCUGUUGCAUAAGACAAGCUGCCACCCAAAAUUCCACGGGAAGGUGCUUUCAUUCGCCUUCCGGCCACCCUUGCAACUGUGUCUCAUCGACACCAUGAUCUUUUUGUUAUCCCUCCACAAAUUCUCAUCGCAAGUCACGUUCCGCUGGCUUGGAAAUCAAUUCAUUCUGAUCCCACGCCACCUGGAAUAAGCCCUGCUUUGGAAGGGGGGGGGGGGGAGAGAGAGAGAUUGGACGCUCUGUGAAAAAAGACCCACACCUACCUUCCUCGCUUUCAUGGACGAGAAAUGAAGGACAACAUGAUUAAGUCAUCAUCCGCAGAGAAAAUGGAUGUGGAGCAAAGUUUAUUUUGAUGCGAGUUUCUACUGAGAAUCGUUUUUAUUUUUCCUGGAGGGGGAAACGCCACGCAGCACAGAGGAAUAUCCCCUUUUUUUUCCAAACAGGAUUUGUCCUUUCUCUCUAAAAAGACUGAAGGACUAUAUUUAGAAAGCAAAUCUCGUCCCCGCUGGCCACCAAUAAUGUAGAACACGGUCAUUUUUGGAAAAAUCAAGCCACUGCUGGGAGUUCUAUUUUUCUAUCUAUGUUGGAUAGCUUUCUCUAUAAAAAAGGGUCAAUACGGACCCCUUUUUCUGCUUUCACUUUUGUAUGUUAGCCUGCCAUUAUGUCACUGUGUUUUAAAAGGUUGUAGAGGACAAGUGGAAGAGGGGAAAAGUCUCUUCCCCGUAUAGACACAGGCGUUUUAAAUAGCAUCUCCUCGGGAACAAUUUCAAACGUACACACUGACACAUGAGAUGAGUUGGCUCAACACGAUUAUGUAAGAGUUUCAUACCAGCUUUGGCCCAUGUAUUUUGCCUUUUCCUUUCCAUGGAUUUACAGCGUUUGACUUUUCCCAUGCUCAUUUUCUCCUCGUUUUCGGAAGCGUCUACCAGAGGGCAUGGAUGUCAGAGUGUGACCCUGUGCCGAGUGUGCGGGCGAGGCAAGGUGUUUUGGCUGCCCAGGUGCUUUUAAGAUGUUGACGUGUCCCUGCGUGGCCGGGGCCCCUGUUCGGAUCAGUAGCACUGAGGCUCCUUGUAGCCAAAGACAUGGACCCCGACUCGGCUCCCCCACGCCCUCAGCCUGUCGGCCACUGGCCCCACGUCGCCCUGUAAAGGAUGUCCCUCAGCAGAGCUCCGGCCCGGGACACCUCUGAGACCCCCAGCCCGAGAGAACGCAUCCGCAGCCACAUGAAGAUGGUGAUAAACCAGCUGGACGGCAUUCUCAAAGAGCUCAAGGAUGUGGCCAAGGAACUCCGGGAGGUUGUGGGUCAGAUCGAUAAACUAACGUCCGACUUUGACUUUGACCUGGAGCAAGAUGACUGGACUGUGGCCACAGCCAGCAGCACGUCCAGCAGCGAGCGAGGUCUGGGAGAGGCCUUCAGGCUGGACUUCCUCAAUGCAGAUGUGCUUUCUGAUAGCUGGGAGUUCUGCAGCUACCUGGAGGCUGCUGGCGCCACUGCCCGCAUAUCUGGUGAGCAACCAGGAGAUCUGCGAUCAGAGCUGGGCCGCGGGACCAUCCCCACCCAGACGCAGACCCCCACCCCGCCCCCCUCCACUGCCUCGGUCUACUCCCAGAUGAACGGCGGGCUGCCCAUCCCCAACGGGCCCCGCAUUAUUACUCCAGAUUCGUCCAGCGAGGAGGCCAGCAGCUCCACGCACAGCCACAAGACUUCUCGUACCUCCGGCACAAGAGAAAGAGUCCGCUUCAGUGACAAAAUUCUGUAUCAUGCGUUGUGCUGUGACGAUGACGAGGAGGAGGAGCAAGAGGACUUACAGGAAGACAAGAGUGGCUGUGCUACGCCAGAAAGCGAUAGUGAACCCAGUCUCCUCUCGAGCUCAGUCGGCCCCAAACGUUCUUCCUCUGAGCACUCACUCCUCCAUAACUGUCUGGACCCUUCCUAUGCCCCCUCGCCAAUGAAGGGGAUGACUGGAGCUCACACACUACCCAGGAAAGGUCUCUUAAACCCCGGCUGCCGCAAAAAACUGUUACGAAAUAGCAGCACACAAACUGUCUCUGACAAGAGCACCCAAACUGUACUGCCCUAUAUUCCAACCAAACAGAAAACAAAGGACCACUGAGAAAGCCCUAAGUUUAUCAUAAAUCUCAUGAAGAGGACUGUGCAUUAUUUAAUAUUAAAUACAUAGCUCAUAGAUUAAUACACAAAUAAAUUAAUUACUAAAUAAAUAAAUGAUAUAUGGGAAAUCACUCGACUACCUAAAGUUAUUCUGAGGCUCAGGGAAAACACGAUGAAAUGAAGCAAAGCAGAUCAUUAAGAUAAGAGUUUUACUGGCGGACCAAAAGGUUAGUGCCUGUUCUAAUGUUAAAAAGAUACACUGAAUGGAUUCCCUGUGUGUGUAAUCAUUUGAAACAAUGACAGAGAUUAUAAAAGCAAUCAUUUUUACAAGAACAUUUUAAGUGUUCAAAAUUGGAAGUGAAGUAUGAAGAGGUCCUUUCCCCUCCUCGUACAAUAGUAGAAGUCACACACACAAAAAAAGAAAAUGCUUGUUCCUAUAAUGUGGAUACAAAACGCUGCACAUUCUGUACUCUGAAUCUGUAUAAACAUUGUCUUUUUUCAUGUUCCAGUUA